GCUUCUUCUAAUCAAUAAUGAUAAAGAGAAUCAAAUUUGUUCUUGGAAUUACAGAGUCUAAUGGCCGCAGCGGCUCCACCAAUCCUCCGGUGGGCGUGGAUGUACGCGAAGAAUAUGCUAAUGCUUUUAGGACGCAAUCGUACAAUCAGUUCUGGACACGUGUCUUAGCAUUAUCCGACGGAAAUUCCGCCCCUGGUAUUCCGGUUGAGUCUACAACCGCCGCCCGGCUUCCGUCUUAUCGACUUUUCGUGGAGAAUCUUUUAGAUCCGGAUCAGUCUACUGUUUCUCAGAUCCUUAACUUGACACAUAACACACCCAAAGCAAAGUUUCUCCUAUCCGAAUAUUUCACCCAAACCGCUAAUGUUUCAUUUUUAUGUGGAUUACUAAUAAAAAAUAUUGACCGUACACGUAUCAAAUACCGCUCUCUUAAAACCGCCAUCCAAUCAACGGACAUUGCUGCCGUACUAACAGAAUUUGCCAAGUCUAACCCGUUUCUUCGGUCCGGUCCAUCUCUAAAUCAGGUUCGAGUCAUACAAGCCGAUUGCUCCAAGCUACUAAAGCGACUAGAGUCAAGCCGUGACAAAGCUAAAGCCAAGUUACACCUUAACAACAAACUAAAACACGGCUCAGCUUUAUUCGCCGUAACUUUAACAGCUUCACUGGCCAUAAUCCUAGCGACUCAUGCUCUAGCAUUAUUAGUGGCUGCGCCGAGUCUUAUGACAGCGGCUUCGAUGAAGUUGGCUUCAAGUAGGAGGCUAGCAAAAGUGUCGGCUCAACUGGAUAUGGCGGCAAAGGGGACUUACAUCCUAUGUAAAGACUUGGAAACCGUUAGCCGGCUUGUGGCUCGGCUGACCGAUGAAAUGGAGCAUAUGAAAGCAAGAAUUGAGUUUUGGAUGGAGAUAGGAGAGGUUUGGGUUCGAGCCAAUGAGGAAGUGGUUCGGUUAGAUGACGUGGAGGAACAGCUAGAUGACGUGGAGGAACAUUUGUACUUGUGUUUUAUGACUAUAAAUAGAGCGAGAAAUCUUGUGCUUAAAGAGAUCUUGAAUCCUGGUCAAUUUAACAAGGCUCCUAAUAUUUUAUUUAUGACAUAGUUAACGUAAACUAACUCCUUUUUUUA